AUAAGUUAUUUAUCUCAUUUAUGGAAAAGAAGAGAAAAUGGAAAAUUGAAGUGUAAAAAAUAUGCCAUAAACUUUCAAAAUUUCAUAUUUUUAUAAAAGACGUGCAAAAUAUUAUUAGUUCGAGAAAUAAAUCAGUAUACAUAUUAGUUUCAUUUAAAAUAUGGCGAAUAUUGCUGCACAGAGAAUAAAACGAGAAUUUAAGGAAGUUAUUAAAAGUGAAGAGGUAGCUAAAUGUGCUAUAAAAGUUGAAUUACUAAAUGACAGUUACACUGAGUUGAAAGGAGAAAUAGCUGGACCUCCAGACACCCCUUAUGAAGGAGGAAAUUUUGUUUUAGAAAUUAGGGUUCCUGAAACGUAUCCCUUUAAUCCCCCAAAGGUUAGAUUUAUAACAAAAAUAUGGCAUCCCAAUAUCUCUUCAGUAACAGGAGCUAUAUGUUUAGAUAUUCUCAAAGAUCAGUGGGCAGCGGCAAUGACCCUACGAACUGUUUUGCUCUCUUUACAAGCCCUAUUAUCAGCUGCAGAACCUGAUGAUCCCCAAGAUGCAGUGGUAGCAAGACAAUAUAAGGAAAAUUUGGAAAUGUUCAAACUAACAGCAAAACAUUGGACAAAUGCUUAUGCAGGAGGACCUUUUGUAAAUACCGAUUGUGAUGAAAAAAUUAAAAGGCUCAUAGAUAUGGGAAUUGAAGAACACCAAGCUAGGGUAGCACUCUCAUCUUAUAAUUGGGACUUAGAAAGAGCUACAGAACAGCUGUUCAGUUAGUAAAUAAUUAUUUUUUUCUCCAACUACUCUCAAUUAUUUAAUUUCAUAUUGUUUUUCAUUGUAAUAUAUUCUUUACUUUCUCUGUAUA